CUCACGAAUCGAUUAAAAAACGUUUAAUCGGCGUGAAAAUGGGCUACCUUCAACUUAUAGAGGUGGAAAACUUCAAAUCUUACCAAGGGAAGCAGAUAAUCGGCCCCUUCACGCGGUUCAGCGCAGUCAUCGGCCCAAAUGGCUCAGGAAAGUCCAACCUGAUGGACGCCAUCAGUUUCGUGCUUGGCGAGCAGAAAAGGAACCUGCGCGUUCGAUCUCUUCGCGACCUGGUCUACGGCGCGCCCGUCGGGCGACCCGUGGCGAACCGUGCACAUGUCAGCAUGAUAUACGCCGAGGAGGGUGGCUCCCACACCGUCUUCACUCGCACCAUCAUCGGUUCUACAUCGGAAUAUCGUGUUGACAAACGGGUCUUGAAUUUCAAUGAAUAUAGUGCACAGCUUGCCAAACGUGGAAUCCUAACGAAAGCGAGAAACUUCUUAGUGUUCCAGGGCGCGGUGGAGUCUAUCGCGAUGAAGACCCCGAAGGAGCGCACCUGGCUAUUUGAGCAGAUCAGCCAGUCGGGGGAGUUGGCUAAGGAGUAUGAGCAGUGCAAGACCGCUAUGCUCAAGGCCAACGAGGACACGCAGUUCAACUACCACUGCAAGCGCAACAUCACGGCCGAGCGCAAGGAGGCACGGCUAGAAAAAGAGGAGGCAGAGAAUUACCGUCAUCUGCGCGAUGAGCUGGCCUCGGCCCACACGCAACUGAACCUCUUCCUCCUCUACCAAAACGAGCAGCAAAUGAAUCUUCUGGAAAACGAACUCGCCGGUGUCGGUGACCAGCUUAACCAGCAGCGUGCGCUCAUAUCCACCACGGAUGAUGAGCUGCGCGUGCGCAAGCAGGAGAUAGGCCGCCUGGGUCGUGAGCUACAGCAAGUGGAGAAGGCUAUCAAAGCAAAAGAGAUGGUUCUCGGGCAGUCGAGGCCACAGUACAUCAAGGUGAAGGAGAACAUCAGUCACCGGUUGCGCAGGAUGGAGUCGGCCCGUCAGUCGCUGCAGAAUGCGCGCACUGAGUGGGUACGACGCAAAAAGGACAUCGAUGAGCUGGAGCGGGAGCUGGUGGCCGUGGAGAGAGCUCGGCAGGACUUUGAGCAGCUCGUGGGCACUCAGAGCCAGAGCGAGGACUUCGAAAUAGACGAGAGCCAGGUGCAGGAGUACUACUGUCUGAAGGAGGAGGCUGGCAGGAGAGCGGGGGGAAUGACACAAGAGCUGGAGACUUUCAAGAGGGCACAGAAGGCCGACCAAGAACAUCUGGAGCUUGAAACUCGUAAGAUGAAGGAAACACAGAGCAAAGUGAAGCAAAAACAGCAAGAGUUUGAAGACCAACAGAACAGAAUUGAAAAAAUUAAACAAUAUAUUGAAAAAACCAGAUCGGCGAUAGAGGAGUUGGACGUCGAGCAGGUGAGUCUGACGGAGCAGGUGGAGGGCGCGCGGCGUCGUGCCCUGGAGAUUAACGACGAGGUGGUGUCGCUCACGGCCCAGCUGGGCGACGCACGCACCGAGCAACACGAGGACAAACGCUUCAAGCGCCGCGCUGAGGCCCUCGACAGCCUCUUGAGGCUUUUCCCCGGCGCCAUCUUUGGGCGACUGGUGAACCUGUGCCAACCCACGCACAGGAAGUACCAGCUGGCCGUCACCAAGGUGCUAGGCCGCAACAUGGAGGCCAUCAUUGUGGACACGGACAGCACGGCGCGAGACUGCAUCCGCUACCUCAAGGAGCAGCGCUGUGAGGCCGAGAUGUUCCUCCCUCUCGACUACCUGCAGGUGAGGCCGAUCAACGAGCGCCUGCGGGAGCUGAGGGGCGCCAAGCUCCUGAUGGACGUCAUCAAGUUCGACCCGCCGCAGGUGUCGCGCGCGCUGCAGUUUGCCUGCAGCAACGCUCUCGUGUGCGAGACGCUGGAGGACGCACGCCACAUCGCCUUCGGUGGCCACGUCCGCCAGAAGUGCGUGUCGCUGGACGGCACCCUCUUCUCCAAGUCUGGUGUGGUGUCAGGUGGCUCUAGCGACCUGAAAGCCAAGGCUCGGCGCUGGGAUGACAAGCUGGUGGACAAGCUCAGGGAGAAGAAGGAGCAGCUUUUGGAGGAGCUUCGCGUAAAUUUAAGCAUAAGACGCAAGGAAGCCGAUCUGCGGCAGAUACAGUCGCAGCUACACGGCAUGCAGACCAGGCUCAAGUACUCUCAGAGCGACAUGGAGCAAACACGCGUCAAGCUGCAAGCCAGUCUGCAGGAAAAGUCAAAACUGGAGUCUCACCUCGCAAACUUGGAGCCGCAUAUGGACGAGGUGCGAGAGGGCAUGGCCGCACGAGACAAUGAAGCUGAGGAAGUCACCGAAAAGAUGAAUAAGUUGGAGGAUGAGGUGUUUAAGGAUUUCUGCGUUGAAGCUGGAGUCGCCAACAUCAGAGAGUUUGAAGAGGUAAAGCUCAAGUGGCGUGAGGAAGUCACAAAGAAGGGUUCGGAGUUUGACAACCAGAAGACGCGACUGGGCAUACAGCUGGAUUACGAGAGAAUGCAGCUGAAGCAGGAGCAGAGCAAAGUGAAGAUGUGGGACGCGGCAAUUGCCAAGGACGAGGCCGAGAUAGAUUGCGUGAAAAAGGAUGAGCAGAGGAGUCGGGAUGGGGUCGAGCAUCUUGUGUCCGAGAUGCACACCUUGAAGAAUCAACUUUUGGCCAAACAAGGCGAGGUCACCAAUAAAGCACAAGCGGCCGAGGAGGUUCGGAGGAAGCUGUUAGCCUUCAACAGACAAGCAGUGCAGCUGCAGAACGAAGUGACAGCGCUGGAGACAAAGCUGGAGCAGCAGCGCAGCACACGGCACAACCUGCUGCUGACGUGCAAGUUGCAGGAUAUCAAGCUGCCUCUGCGCAACGGCAACAUGGACUCCAUCAGCCAGGAGCUGGGGGCUACACAGCCAGAAAGUACAACAGAGACCGGGACGAGCUCGGAGCACACCAACUCCGUUUACGCGCGUGAAGCCGCCAUUGAGGUGGACUACCGCAAGCUCAGCCGCCAGUAUAAGGACAUUAACAGGGAGGAUGAUAUCAAUCAUGCCACAGAUGAGCUGAAUAAGCAGGUGACAAACCUGCAAACUGGUAUGCAGCGCAUCGUUGCUCCCAACAUGAAAGCUACAGAGAAGUUUGAAAAUGUGCGUGGCAAGUUCCUGGAGACUGCCGAAGCGCUUGAAGAGAGCAGGAAAAGAUCAAAGCAAGCACAAAUGGCAUUCAACAAGGUGCAACGGCUGAGAUUCGACCGUUUUAAUGGGUGCCUGGAGCACCUGUCCAUCGCAAUCGAUGACAUCUAUAAGAAGCUGGCGCAGAACAAUAGUGCACAGGCAUUUCUGGGACCGGAGAAUGCGGAGGAGCCGUACUUGGACGGCAUCAAUUAUAACUGCGUGGCACCUGGAAAGCGCUACCAACCCAUGGACAACCUGUCCGGUGGGGAGAAAACCGUGGCUGCUCUCGCUCUGCUCUUCGCCAUUCACAGCUACAGACCUUCACCUUUUUUUGUCCUGGAUGAAAUUGACGCAGCCCUGGAUAACACAAACAUUGGAAAGGUGGCAAACUACAUCAAAGAGCAGUCUGUGGAGAACUUCCAGGUUAUAGUCAUCUCCCUCAAAGAAGAAUUGUUUGCACGUGCUGACGCACUCAUUGGUGUAUACCCCGAGCAAGGGGACUGCUUGAUCAGUCAUGUGGUGACGAUGGAUCUGUCGCGCUUCCCCGACGAGCUGUCGGCCGACAGGUCCCAUCAGCGCCGCGAACACGACAGCGCCUCUGUGCACUCCGCUUUAUCGGAUAAUACGUUCACUCCGAAUUCCUCUCUAGCGUAGUGUUCCUCCACUACUCCUCGCUGCCUAUGGCCACGUCUGUGCAGCCCUUAAAGUAGAGGUGGGGAUUUGAAGCUUUCGUGACUGUAAGGAUUCGUACUCCUUGUUUUUUUCGG